CCGCGGCCGGUCGGGGCCGCCAUGGCGGCGGGGUUGGCAUGGCGGCUGGGGAGGGCGGAGGCGCUGCAGUUGGGGCCCCGGUGGCGGCACGCCUGCCACGCGCUCCUCUACGCCCCGGACCCCAACCUCCUCUUCGGCCGCAUCCCGCUGCGCUAUGCGGUGCUGAUGCAGAUGCGAUUUGAUGGGCGACUGGGCUUCCCAGGCGGCUUCGUGGAUGCUCAGGAUGGGAGCCUGGAGGACGGGCUGAACCGGGAGCUGCUGGAGGAGCUGGGUGACGGCGCCGGGUCCUUCAGCCUGACGGAGGAGAACUAUCUGAGCUCUCAUGCCAACGAGGCCCCUCGGCGGGUAGUGGCGCAUUUCUAUGCCAAGCAGUUGACGCUGGAGGAGCUGCUAGCCGUGGAAGUCGGGGCCACCCGGGCCAAAGACCACGGACUGGAGGUUUUGGGCCUAGUGCGUGUACCUCUGUACGUGCUGCAAGAUGGAGUCGGGGGACUGCCCGCCUUCCUGGAGAACUCCUUCAUUGGUGUGGCCAGGGAGCAGCUGGUGGAUGCCCUGCAGGGCCUCGGACUCCUGGGACCAGAGCAACUGCAGCAGGCCCUGGCCAAAGCUGAGACUCGCCACUAGGAAGAGACCUUGCUCAUCCGCCUCCCACCCUCUCCUCCCCGUAUUCCCUUCUCACCCAUCUUAGUGAUGAAGAAGAUGCCCCCAAGGCUGACUGUGGGAGUUUCCUGUGGGGUGGGUAGAGGGGAGGAGCUCAGACCCCAGGCCCUCUCACUCUGCUGGGAGCUGGAGAUUGUCCCUCAUUCCGCUCCCCCGUCCCUCCCCGUCUCCGCCGCCUCCUUCCCUCCCUCUCCGCCCCAUUCUCUCUUUCCAUUGUGGGUACAGGGAAGCCCAGCCCAGAGCGGGUUUUUCCUCUUUCUUCAUGGGUUCUUUAUCACUGAUCGUGAAAUCCUAAAAUUGAGUCGUGUGUCUUGCUCAUCUCCGUCCUCUACCGGACCUGGGCUCUGAAGAGGGCCGGACCCUCUUGGGGACAAUGGGUUCUUCCCGCUUCUCCUCUGGAUGUUUUCUCCCGCUGUGUGGGUACCUGAUGCCUCUGUGUACUUCUGCCUUCUUCGCCCCCUCUCCCCUGUAUGGUGGUUUUGUUCCAAGUUCAGGGUUACCUUGAUUUGCACCUUGACUUUGACGGACAAGGACUGGGAAUGAGGCAGCUGAAAACGCUUUGGGCUGAAGUUCAUCCUGACAACCUAAGUCAGUCAGUCAAUCGUAUUCACUGAGUGCUUACUGUGUGCACAGCACUGCACUAAGUGCUUAGGAGAGUACAAUAUUACAAUAUAACAGACAUUCCCUACCCAAAACGAUCUUACAGUCUAGAGGGAGAAACAUACAUUAAUAUAAAUAAAUGAAUUACAGAUAU